CACAAACACAAGCUGCUUUUCAUCAACACACAUACCAACCUGAAGCCACAGCUCUUAGAUCAGUGACUGAACUGUAAUUUACAAUGGAAGAAGACGGCAAAGAAACCCAUUCGAGAGAGAGUAAAAGACGGGAACGUCAAGCAGGUAAUCCGAUUUAUUUACUAAAGCCGGCGGGUAUGGUUAUUUUCAUAGACAAAAUGGCCACAUUUGCAUCUCUUUAGACCACAAAAUACCAAAGAAAGUAGUGGAACAGGGACACGCCCUACAAAACGCAGGUGUGUGGUGUGCAAUGCAAGUCCAACAACCCACGCAUUUUUGCCACAAUGUAGCUGACUAAGUAGUUACAUUUUGCGACGUUACAUUGAACACAGUUUGCCUGCAGUGUUGUGCAGAAGCUACUGGCUUCCAGGUACGUGGGUAAAAUCACUGGGAAAUCAGAAAAAAAGCCAUAUUACCACCUAUGUGUUGUGAUAAUUGAGUUGUUUGCUCUAUAACCUGUUAGUUCAUAUGCCUUGCGACCGUGAUAUAUAGGCCUAAAGGCCGAGACAAUAAGAAGACAAAGUGGCAGGAUAAAUUCAACCACCCCUUUGUUUUAUCACAAAACCGGAGAGCAACCUCUAUCCAGUGAAGUCCACAAAGCAUAUUGCAUGUAAACCAGGGACGGCCUGUUCAAUAGGGCGAUAUGGGCGACGCACUGCCAAACGGGAAAAGGAAGGGAUUUUUUUUCUAAUCAAUUAUAUCACGGCAACAGUAGUUAUCAGUGUUGUAAUCUGAUCUGACUGCCACUAAAUGUCAAAUCAGGCUAAAGUCGUGCUUCAAAUGGCCCCGCCCGUUUUUGGGGCGAUUUCAGUCAGGUUGAAAAUCGCCCAGAAGUCUCUCAUAGCCUGUCAUGUAAAAUCUAUUUUUUUCAAAUUUCAAAGCUUUCAAUACAUUCUCUAUGGGUGUCUGUGGGCUUGCACUUACGCGCUUUCGUCAUACGUGACGUAACCAUGAACGUAACUAAGAAAAUAGCGGCUAGCAGCGUCUCUGUUGCGACCUGCAGUGUGGCGUUAUCUUAUGUUUUUAAUUUGUACACUUAGUGGCGUUAUUUUAUGUUUUUAAUUUGUACACUUAGUUUACAAACAUUCUGCCAACCAUGGAUUUCCAGUGGUGGGUUUUGGACUGAUCUUGUUGAUCGUGUACAUACCCGCUACGAACGGACUAAAUAAUGAAAACGUUGCUGGCAGCGGAAUCCAAUACAGCUGGGAGACUUGGCUGGAUGACAGAGUCCCGGACAGAGAAGUGGAGCCAGCCGGCUUCACCCUGGUCAGAGCGGACCUCGAUCUGACAGUCACAGGGAAAAUCGAUCCUGGUAAGAGAGCGACUCUGUACCCCCGAGCCCCGACAUUGAACUGCUUUCUGUGUCACUGCGACCUUACUAUCUGCCCCGUGAGUUCCCCCAAUUGUUUGUUACCGUUGUGUACUGUUGAUAAUCACAAGUUUACUGGAGAACUGAGACCAAGUAGAGACUUUGGACAGGGUGGAUAUGGUAUAAUAAAGGCAGUUUAUUCAGAGGUAAAGAUAUCUGGAAUCGCGUGCACGGACUCGUUCGUCAAACUCUUAGGGAGCUAUCUGAAGAGAGCCCCGAAAACAUUGUGUGCAGACAUUUUAUACAAUAAAUGAUGUAGGUUGAAUCUAGUAGUUCUGAUCUUCUGAUUGGUCCUGAUGAGUUGGGCGAGGUCCCCUCCACUGUUGCAUUGGCUCUGAGUCGGGUUCUCUGUCUUCAAAUGUUCAGCCUAAAGAGAGGGGAUUUUUGUGUGUGUGUUUAACAGUGAUGAUGUGUGUGUGUGUGUGUGUGUGUUAUCAGUGAUGAUGUGUGUGUGUGUGUGUGUGUGUGUGUGUGUGUGUCCUCAGAGCAAGAACUCGUGAGUUGGAAGAACUGAGAGACCUAUGGCGUGGGUGUUGUCCUUGGCCACCUGCUGACAAGGCUGACAAGAUAGGACUCUUUUGUCCAUUGUUAUAGGAUAGGAACAGCAUUGAUUGAAAACAAACGCCCAACACAAAAUGGGUCAUGCACAAGAUUUUAGUCAGACCAAGCUAUAACAUUAUAUAUUUACUACGACAGUACAUUCAACCAAAAGCUAAUAUAACAAAGGCAUCAGAGAUUAUUUAUAAUCUGUCACAGAAACUGGAAUCCAUCUCCCCAGAUCAGUCAAUAAAUGCUUCUGGUAUUGACUUAUAUGCUGCCCCUGUCUUCAUGUUGUUGCUGGACAUAUCUUUUUUAAAAUGUGUGUAGGUCACCUAAAUCAUCAGAAAAAUUGCCCCUCCUGAGAAUUUUUUCAGGAGCCGCCACUGAUGUAAACAAACAAUUAAUUGACCUACAGCAUGGUCAAGCAAGUUCAGACCACUAAACAACUUGCCUAUUGAUUUAGAACCACGGAGAGUUAUUUAAGUCGCAAAGAAAACAGGAACUGCCUCUAUUCCAACACAAUUUUAACAUCAUCAAAUCACCUAUGCUUAGUCUAAUACAGUGACAACUAAAAGAUACCAAAAACAAUUUAGUCCAAUCAACGUAAGCUAAAUAUGAUGUGGCUGUCCAUGGCUCUGAGUUCUGUUUGCGUGUGUGUUUGUGCAAGUAGAAAAACAUGUUGACUCACCCUACUUGUAGAGAAACGCCAAUGCCAUCCUCCUACUUUUCAUGUUCAUGAAUGGUCUAUCACUCUGUCAUACAGUACACGCUUUUAUUUGUUGUCCUAGGCUACCUGGCUAAAAUGCUUGCUAGCUAGACUAACUUCCUUUCAUGGGCAACGUUAGUUAGUUAACAUUAGCCUUCUACAUCUAGUUACAUAUUGAGGCCAGGGGCACAAUGUAUGAAUUAAUGGUUGGAUCAGAAUUGCCAUUAUAAUCAUUGACCAGUAAGGAGAAUUAGUAAAAACCACAAGUCCAAAUCCCUAUCUCCAUCCAUGGCUAAUUUAGGAAAGGGCCAAUUUUAGCUAGCUAGCCACCGGAGGACAACAACACAACGAGAUGCAACAAUUUAAGUUGUUUCUGUCAUUUACGUAUGGUCUCAAUGCGAUUUGAUAGGAGUGAAGCCAAAUCCAAACUGGCUUCACUUGACACUUUUUUUUUGGUGCGCCAGGACCAUUCACAGUUGAGCUCACUCCGUUCAGCUCAAGGCUAUUUUAUACCUUUUUUGUUGUUUUAUCAAGGAAGGCCAAAUGCUCGCUGGAUUCCCUUACAUUCAAUGCUACGGGCGGCAACAAUGUAAUACGCUUUAUGACCAGACAUAAUCAGAUAGAUGGUCUGCACAUACAGAGACAGAGGGGCGCUGUUUCACACACUCUGAUGCUUUCUCCGGCCUCUUGAGAAUUGAAGAAAAAUUAUGAAACACAGAGAUACGAAAGAUACGUUAUUUUAUGUAUUUUUCUUUUUUCUUGGUAAAUUAUUUUGGGGUGGCUUCCCUUGGCAUCCAUGAAUACACGCCACUGCUAGCUUCAGACCGCAAUUAGGAUCUUGACAGGCUCUAUCUAAUGCCACGUUCAAAACAACUGGGAACUCGGGGAAAAAAAACUAGCUCCGACUGGGAAAAAUCGAUUUGAACGGUCAUCCAACUCGGGAACUCGGGCCUCUUUCUAGAGCUCAGACUUUCUGACCUGAAGAUCACUGACGUCAUGAUUUGACCUCGUAUUUUUCCAAGUUCCCAGUUGUUUUGAAAGCGGCAUUAUUGCAAAUAACGAAUUAGUAAACAUUUCUAAAAACAUAAUUCCACUUUGUAGGCCAGUGACAAAAAUAAUCACAAUUUUAAUACAUUUUAAAUUCAGGCUGUAGCACAACAAAAUGUGGAAAAAGUCAAGGGGUGUGAAUACUUUCUGAAGGCACUGUAUUAUUGCAUUUGCAGACUAAUGUAAGAUAGGCUACUAUUCCUAAUGUGAGUAGAUUGCAUAGUCAUAAUUUAGGCAAAUAAUAUAACUCAAUCACUGUUAGCAAAACAGACAGUUCUGAACAAUGCAUGCCUGAGUACAUAGUGACAUAGAGUAGGCCUGAUCAGAGAUGUUUCUUCUCCUUUCGUUGCACAGGAAAAAUGUGGCCUUUUUAUAAACACAUUUCAUGCAAUUCUACAAAAGUUUAUAUGACUGGAGACACAUAAGUAACAUCUUUUUUAUGACACAAAUUAGUAGCCUACUCUGCUGACACUGACAAACAGAUCAGUAAAAAUGACCUUAGCCUGAAUGCAACCAUCUAAUCUAGGUCUACGAAAAGGGGAGAUUCAAAUUGUACUGAAUGACGUCCAUCUAGCCUGGAGGAGGAAAUUAUUGUCCCCAAAAACAUGUUCCAGUGGUAGUGAUCCAAUGAUAAAGAAAGUGAAUAUGUGCACACUCACUGGGGAUAUGGCCAAUGCUCUCCACUGGUGCCAAUAAGAUAGGCUACUGUUCACUCAAUUGGGAGUUGAGAAUUUUGAUAAGAGAGAAUUUUUGUUUUUUUUGUUUUUCUCUUUUCAGCAAUAGCGAUUUGCUUUCUAAACUAUGUUUUUCCUACGAUUUGUAUUUUGAAAUAUUUAACUGCUUUUCACUGACCGCUGCAACUCAACAAUCAGAUGUUUGUUAGGCUAUUUGCCACGUGCGUUGCUCAAAUUGUGCACUUAAAACAAUCCACAGCUAAUUUUUAAAAGAAGCUAAUGAUCCUCUGUGGCCAAAUCAUGUUUGUGUAGUAUUUUGAAUGGUUUUACUUAUUUAUGUAUAGGUACAAGUAAUUAUAUAGCUUCCCCUAGCCCAUUGGACACGCUUCCUAUGCCGACAUCAAUGUGAAAGUAACUGGUGCAUUAAACAGCUGGCUGCUAGGCUUACAAGGCCGAGUUCAAAUGCCGACAUCAAGAGUUGCACUGCCUAAAUGGCUGACCCGCAAAGCGGCUGACUGGCAAAGUAAACCCUCUGGCACACUCUGAGAGAAUGCUGGCAGCUUCUCUCCAAGUGACGCUCCACAUGGUCCUAAAGCCAUCCAAUCAAUACGCUAAACUGCCAUUGCAUUUUAAUUGGGUUUGGAUUGAUUUUAGUCUACUUUUUUUUUGCCUACUUUUAAAUUUUUGGUUUACAUCGACUGCCAUACCCAACUGACGCCCCUGCUGGGUAGUAGUAUAGUUAGGUUAUUUGCCCAAUGUGGAUUUGCCAGAUAAAAUCCAUAACUUAGUGUAGUGUUAGUUAGUGUUAGUAUUAGUAACUAUUAGCCCUAGAAUGCGCCAGAAUAGUUUUGCCUACUGGGCUACUAUAUGAGUGUAUCCCCCUCAUGCAAGGCUUGUAAUGUUACUACCGUGAAUGUUUUGUAUGACAUUUCUCUGUAGGCUCAAGAAGUUUGCUUGCUGAUUCUGAUACAGGUAGGCGCCUUGAAGGGAUAGAUGCUUGUUAGAUAGCUAGCUAUGUAGCCUAUAGAUUUAAUUUAAUGAGUAAAACGUUAGUGCUGUUUGUGUUUGCCAAAUUUGAUUUAAACCGUCUCAGUGGAUACGUUUAAUCUCUUCUAGACUGUUUAUAUUCCUCCUAAUCUAACAACAAUCUGAUUGAUUGGUGUGGUUUAGGGUGUGAAUCUAGGGAAAGGUUAGUGUGAUGUCCCAGUCACCUGGAUGGGAUGCUUUUGCUGGUUUCUGACAUGAGACACAUGCAUACUGUAUCUGGGUAUUACCGGUAGUUCUAAAACAAUUUUCUGCCUAAUUGUUUGUAGCCUAUGUAUCUGAUGCACAAUUUAGGUUACCAAGGCUGCGUUUACACAGGCAGCCCAAUUCUGAUAUUUUUUCCACUAAUUGGUAUUUUGACCAAUCACAGCAGGUCUUACCACAUCAGAUCAUUUUCAGAGCUGAUCUGAUUGGUCAAUAGACCAAUUAGUGAAAAAAAUAUCAGAAUUGGGCUGCCUGUCUAAACGCAGCAGUAGGCUACAUUUGGCAAAUCACAGAAGAAUCCAAAUAAAGAAGUUCCCAGAAAUGUAUGAUGUUGAAGGGGCUGCUCUUGUGAUGGCUGGGAUGUGAAAAUGUUUAUUUUCUGUCUUCGGUUGUAUUUCACUCCGUUUGUAUGUUUUUGUAUUGUCUUUCAGCCUUGGAGAGCUCGGAUACUGACAAUGGCCUAUGUGGUUGGAUCAUAGUCGGAUUAUCCAUCCUUCUGAUGCUCGCAACUCUGCCUCUCUCCAUAUGGAUGUGUAUUAAGGUACAGUUAUGCGUGAACUGCGAACUGGUUAGGGGUGUCAUUUGUGUGAGUCUAUUUAUUCUAUGAAUUGAUCACUUACCAGCAUGCCUUUAUUCCCAUGGAAAUUGGCUUUCUCUCCUCUUAAUGCAACACCUGCUGCCAGAGUUGUAUUGUUAGAUAUUUACUCACUUUAAAGUAAAGAAAAGGGGGAUCGUUGAGACCCAAUCAGUGGUAUUUCAAUGUUGACUGAUCGGUGAAAAGGUAGUGUGAGAAAUGUAAAACGGGCUAGGGGACAACUAUAAUGAUUACUCAGCCUGUGUUUCUUUCUCUCCCAGAUUGUGAAGGAGUAUGAGAGGGCCAUCAUCUUUCGCCUGGGGCGGAUCGUACGAGGAGGAGCCAAAGGGCCAGGUAAUAGAUACACUCCCCAUCACCACCUACACAUGCACUGUCCCUGGAGAAAGUUUCACUGUGCAUAUUGGCUUUGAUUCUCAGAUUCUCUCAAGGUCCCAUACUUACCUUACCGAAAAGCAACCAAAAACCUUAAUUAAACAUAUUAUGAUCACAGACAGUAUGAGAUGGAUGAAAAGUGCAGUAAACAGGAUAUGGGCCUGUCUUGAAACCACCUUAACUGUGAAAAUAUGUUAGGAGGAGUCAAGCCUCUUCUCAGUGUUAAUGUGGUUAGGGGGAAAUCUGCUUUGAACUAUUUGUUUUACAUUGUGGUGGGCUGCUGCACUACUACUGCCAUUGAACCACUGUGCAGGGGUGCACUGCAACAGGUCUGUUCUGCACUUCCUGUGGCCUAGUUUAACCACUCCUGUCCUGCAGUAGCUUAUGUGUUAACAUCAUUCCAGAAUGUACACAGAAUUCCAGGGUUCAUGCAUGCUUUCAGCAAGCACACUAAUUCAAAUAGUGGUAGUCUUUCUUUCCUUAAGCAUAGUUUGUGUGGUAAGAUUUUUGCCUUGGUAACACUGUAAAAUAUGUCUGGUGUAUCUGGUAUGACAAACUGAAUAUGCCAAUAUGUUCCCUGCAAAUCUUCAUAGAAUACUUUAGCAGAACUUUUAAAGAGGUUGUUAUUCAACAAAUACGGUCACUACAGAAUUUGGCACCAAUUGCAAUCAAUUAACUAAUGCUCUUGUCUGAAUUAAAGUGAUCUGAGAGCUUUACUGCUAUCCUGUCUACAGACUGACGUCUUGAUGAGCAGCAGUGGGCCCUAGUCAUAGUGCUGGACUGGUAGUGCAGAAUAAACACCCACAUCCCUCUUCAGCCCUCUGCUCUCUCUGAUUUUUCUUUUGCUUACCACCAACCCCCGAUUCGGAAGACCACUUUGUGUAUUUCUUGUUUGUGUGUUGUCCUUCACUCUAAUGAUAUUACCCUUUGAUUGAUUCUAUCCCUACUUGACAUGCUUUGCCAUGAUGUUGUAAUGGGUAUUUGCAAUGGGUGGUUGCAAUCGGCGUCCUAAUUUCUCUAACUGAUGUGCUGAGCAGAGAGCAUACCUCUCCUCUCUUGGCUCUCUCUUUGUGGUUGGAGUGGAAGAGUGGUGCUGAGGGUUUUGUUGACAGUUUACCCUCAUUAUGUAGUGUUAUUCUUAAGAUAGCUUAUUAAUUAGCUGUAUUUACACUAGUAUGAGAUUUUUGUGGGGGUCCAGGGGUAUGGCCCUCCCAUGGAGAUUUUUUUUGGUAAAAGCAGCUUUUUACAUUACAUUUUAGUCAUUUAGCAGACGCUCUUAUCCAGAGUGACUUACAGUUAGUGAGUGCAUACAUUUUCCAUUGGUGAAUUCUGAGGACUCCUUGGGGCUUAGAUCUAUGGCAAAGGUGGAAUUAAAAUAACAGUGCUUUUAGCUUGGGGUUUGCGUGCGCCUUUAUGCAGAGGGAAUACAAAAAUUAUAGCUAGUUUCUGAAAGAAUGAUCAGGAUUUAAUAUUUGUCAAAUUAUUGAGCAUAUCCUCAAAAUUCAAUUAAGCAUCAGAAAUUGUCCUCAUUUAGCAUAUCAAGAUCCUGAUAUAGAACUCAGUCAAGAGUCAGGUGUAUUUCAGGAUGCUUUGAAGAUUGAAUGAACAGUCAAAACUUAAAGACUUGGUUUGAAGUACUAAAAGGACAAAACAAUAUACACUACAUGGACAAAAGUAUGUGUAUGUGCUCGUCGAACAUCUCAUUCCAAAAUAUUGGGCAUUAAUAUGGAGUUUGUCCCCCCUUUGCUGCUAUAACAGCCUCCACUCUUCUGGGAAGGCUUUCCACUAGAUGUUAGAACAUUGCUGCGGAGACUUGCUUCCAUUCAGCCACGAGCAAUAAUGAGUUCGGGCACUGAUGUUGGGUGAUUAGGCCUGGCUUGCAGUUGGCGUUCCAAUUCAUCCCAAAGGUGUUCAAUGGGGUUGAGGUCAGGGCUCUGUGCAGGCCAGUCAAGUUCUUCCACACCGAUCUCGAUAAACCAUUUCUUUUUUUUACCCCUUUUUCUCCCCAAUUUCAUGGUAUCCAAUUGGUAGUUACAGUCUUGUCCCAUCGCUGCAACUCCCAUACGGACUCGGGAGAGGCGAAGGACGAGAGCUGUGCAUCCUCCAGAACACAACCCAACUGAGCCGCACUGCUUCUUGACACAAUGCCCGCUUAACCCGGAAGCCAGCCGCACCAAUGUGUCGGAGGAAACACCGUACACGUGGCGACCGUGUCAGCGUGCACCGCCCGGCCCACCACAGGAGUCGCUAGUGCGCGAUGGGACAAGAACAUCCCUGACUGCCAAACCCUCCCCUAACCUGUCUCCUGAGUGGCGCAGUGGUCUAAGGCACUGCAUCGCAGUGCUAACUGUGCCACUAGAGAUCCUGGUUCGAAUCCAGGCUCUGUCGCAGCCGGCCGCGACCGGGAGACUCAUGGGCGGCGCACAAUUGGCCCAGCGUCGUCCAGGGUAGGGGAGGGAAUGGCCGGCAGGGAUGUAGCUCAGUUGAUAGAGCAUGGCGUUUGCAACGCCAGGGUUGUGGGUUCGAUUCCCACGGGGGGCCAGUAAAAAAUAAAUAAAUAAAAAAUAUGUAUUCACUAACUGUAAGUCGCUCUGGAUAAGAGCGUCUGCUAAAUGACUAAAAUUUAAAAAUGUAACCUGGACGACGCUGGGCCAAUUGUGCGCUGCCCCAUGGGUCUCCCGGUCGCGGCCGGCUGCGACAGAACCUGGACUUGAACCAGGAUCUCUAGUGGCACAGCUAGCACUGCAAUGCAGUGCAUUAGAACACUGUGCCACUCGGGAGGCCUCGAUAAACAAUUUCUGAAUGGACCUCGCUUUGUGCACCUGUCAGCAACAGGUGUGGCUGAAAUAGCCAAAUCCACUACUUUGACGGGGUGUCCACAUACUUUUGCCUAUUUAGUGUACUUUAGGCAAGUGGCAUUUCAAUAGAACCUUUUCUCAUUUUGUAUGACUUUCUAUCAACACUGUACAGGACAUAGCAUACAUGAAAAUGUCUUCAAAAAUGCUGGCCUCAUUUAUUUUCAAAGACACAACUGGCAUAUCCGACUUCAAAUAAGUAGUUGCACUGUCAAAACUGGGUCAAGUUUGUAGGCAAGAAUGCUGACCGGAGCCUAUUUUAAUUAUUACCUGAACAAAUUAUUAGAGGGCCUACACAUUUAUGUGCACACUGAAAACAUUUGUGUGGACCAGAAUGAGGCUCUCUAAAUUGUUCCUGCUGUGAGGAAUUGCCAUCUUCAGACAAUGUUUUUAUAACUUAUCUGCAGAUAAUUGUUGUCUAUAACUAAAAAAGCAAUAGUAACAGUAUGCAAAUCAGGGAGCCAAAUUAACCAAAUAUUCUUCACUUUUACUGACUCUGGGUAAGUACAAAAGGGUUUAACUGCCAAAAUCUUGCACUAUCCAUUUAACAAUGUGGAAGAUGUGCUAUUACCACACAAAUCUCCAACCUCCAGUGAUUUCAGGUGACAUGGCAUUACUUGUGCAGGGGUGGUACUAAUGUAACUAACUAUAAAGUGGCCGCAGUAGUCUUAUCUACCAUAGCCACGCUAUGGACCUCAAACUCUCAAGUCUGUUUUAUAUGUUUGUGGGAAGCCUUCCGUCAUGCUCUCCAUGGAUGAAACAUGAUCUGGCAGGAUUCCGGAACAGCCACAUGAUAGCAGACUGAGGUAUUAAUAGACCCUGUCCAUCUAUCACGGAGGGACUUUCACGUUCCUCAUCUGCCCUAAGAGCCCAGGCAUAAACACCAAAGUUUAGUAUUUGGUUUCCCCAAGUAAACUCUGCUCAUUAUUUCUGCGCUCUCUCCCUCGCCGGUGAGUGAACCAGUGCCAUUUUUAGGGUGGGAAUCCAUGGAAUUUUCCAUCAUAUCCCAUGAUGCCUUGCAUAGCAAAUUUAGAGCAUACUCCUGCAUUGCACUAUAACCAGGGCCAGCUGGCACUGGGCUGAAGUCCCAGCUUGGAAAAAGGUUGCACAAGUUAUAUGCCUCUGUUAAGACUCUCUCUUACACACCAUCAUACCCAGCACACUGUGUUUGUACUGCACUGUAUUGUACCAUGCUGAACCCGAGUGUGUGUAAACAAAGAGGUGUUUAUGAAUGCAGGAAAUGUGUAGAGUCAUGACCAACAGCAGUCGUGUGACUAAUGGAACUCGGGUGUGAAUUUGGUCUUAUGCCAGACAUUUACUCAGUUCUACUGUACUGUAUGUUAAAUAAUUUAUGCUACCCUUACUGACAAUCACAUUUUCUCAGCUUUUAUGAUAUUGAGUAGCUUUAAGCUUCGCCGUUAAAUGUGUGUUGUGCGUGUGUGUCACACCCCACAGGCCUGUUCUUCAUCCUGCCCUGCACAGAUAGCUUCAUCAAUGUGGACAUGCGCACCAUCACCUUCGACAUCCCCCCACAAGAGGUGAGCCCCACCCCCCCCACCCCAUUUACCAUGAUUAGCCUAUCAUGUACUACCCAGCCAUGAACAGUGUUGUCAGUGUAACUGAUUGUUCCCCCCUCAUCAGGUUCUGACUAAGGACUCAGUGACGGUCAGUGUUGAUGGUGUGGUGUACUACCGUGUUCAGAAUGCGACCCUGGCUGUGGCCAACAUCACCAACGCUGACGCCGCCACCCGCCUGCUGGCACAGACCACCCUGAGGAACGUCCUGGGAACCAAGAACCUGGCUGAGAUCCUGUCUGAUCGUAAUGAGAUUGCCCACAGCAUGCAGGUACUGAACCACAUCGACCACCAAUGACUCUGUACUGACCAUAUCCUGACCAUACAUGCACAACUUCACAUCAUGCAGGUACUAGAAGACUGUGUGGAUAAUAGUUAUUUAUUUAGUGUUGAACAGCAAGCCAUAAUUGCCAUAAUACAGGAGAAGAUAUUGCGAGAGUUCACUGAAUGGCUUUGUUUAUAGAAUGUACAAUGUAAUGGUUAAGGUUAGGAUUGGAGAAAACGAAUUCAUUGAUCUUCCGGCUAUGGCCUUUCUUAUUGUUUUGGACCUAGUCCCUCAAGACAUUUCAUCCUCCAGAAGUACUGCUGCAGUGACAUUUUAAUCUCUAUUAGUUUGAUAUAAAUAUGUAUUAUUGUCACGUACACCAGAUAGGUGCAUUGAAAUGUGUUGUUUUACAGGGUCAGCCAGAAGUACAGCGCCCCUGGAGCAAAUUAGGGUUAAGUGCCUUGCUCAAGGGCACAUCAACAAUGUUUCACAUUGUCGGCUCGGGUAUCCAAACUAGCGACCUUUCAGUUACUGGCCCAAUGCUCUAACUGCUAGGGUACCUGUAUGUCAGAUUGAUAUGUCAUCUAGUCUUCAAAGAGAUGCUGUGUAAGGAAGGGGUGUUCUGGGCCUAUUAUAACCUGAGGUUACCUAUUGGAUGUGGAGCUGAAUGUUUUACACCUGUGUUGUCCCCAGUCCACCCUGGAUGAUGCUACAGAUGACUGGGGUAUCAAGGUGGAGCGUGUGGAGAUAAAGGACGUCAAACUGCCCCAGCAGCUCCAGAGGGCCAUGGCAGCAGAGGCUGAGGCUAGCCGUGAGGCCAGGGCUAAGGUACAGUACUGACACACAUACAGACCAGGGUAACACACACACGCUCAGACAUACAGGCAUUGUCUAUUUUUGAGGUAAAUCCUUUUCCUCUGAGUGAAGAAUCCCAGUUGUCUUCUCAGCUAUAUACUUUCUUGGCUUGAUUUAGUCCCAAAAUAAAUCAUCCAGAUAAAUGUUUUUGUGUAGGGUCAAGAUGUCAUCUGCAUUGUUCCUUAGCAACCAGUGGUCAUGCCAUAAAAACCCUUUCAUUAAGCUAGAAUAGAUAGUAAGAGCAUAGCAGGUCACAAGUUGGGGCACCUCUAACCGAGUCUCCUCCCAUCGGCCAUUACACUAAUUGGAUACCAUCUUCGCAUGUUGAAUCUGCUGGUUAAAGAUGAGGUCUCUCUGGCAUUUAUUCAUUUAAUCAUCCACUCUCUCUCUGGCUUCUCUCUAUAUACUCACAUUCACUUGAUCUGUGCAUACUGUGGAAUUCUAUCUCUCUUCAUUAACUAAUGGUCCAUCUUUUUUUCCAAUCUCUCCCUUUCUCUCUGUAUCUGUCCCCCUCCUCCCUUCUUCCUGUCCCCUGGGCCGUGUGUGUGUGUGUAGGUGAUCGCAGCAGAGGGGGAGGUGAACGCGUCACGGGCUCUGAAGGAGGCCUCCCUGGUGAUCGCUGAGUCUCCAUCUGGCCUCCAGCUGCGCUACCUGCAGACGCUCAACACCAUCGCUGCCGAGAAGAACUCCACCAUCAUCUUCCCCCUGCCAAUGGACAUGAUGCAGGCCUUCAUGAAGAGAGACUGA